UUUCUAAAUGAUUACUUUUCUAGAUACCUGUUUACAAAACAGAAGAUCCUCCCUUUGAAACCAAACUAAACUACACUUGAAGAAUAUAAAGUGCACAAAGGAAGACCACGAUGAAUCAGUACCACCCAUCUUCCCAGCAUUCAAGAAUGUUCAGCGCACAGGAGGUGCACAGUAAGUGUUCCUGAGAGGAGUGGAUACAACACUCAAUUAUCUGGGCAUGUAAUGCUGAUCUGCGGUUUCCUUUACAUCAGCCGGCCUCCUUCCCGGUUGGGAUCAAGGAAGUGAACAGAUGCAGACUCACUCUGGCAGGCACCACUGAGCCAGCCAUUUACUCUCACUGCAUAGCAAAGUUAUUUUGUCAACUUGUUUCCAGGAUCCUCUGCUUCCACAGAGCAGAAACACCUCGUCUAGGGGAUUCUGAUCCUUACCCUCUUCUUUACAUUUCUCUCUCCAGAGAAGGUUAUCCUCAGCCAAAAUCCUCCAGUAUCGACACGUCUGAGCCGCUUGCAGCAGGUCUUUGGGUUCCAGGAAUGAAAGUACAUAGAGUGCCAGCUAUGGAAAAGGAAAUAAGGGAGGCACACUCAGACACAUCACAGAAGAAAGGUUACUCUACGAAGGGUGAGCAUUGAGCUGGGACUGCUGGAUUUCAGUGGGCUGAACGAAUCAAGAGAAGCAGCAUUUUAAGAGCAAAGAAAAUGCUCAUCAUUCUCACAUUAGGAAUCUGAGGCUUUACUCUGGGUAACCUGUGAUUCUAUUGGUAUUUCCUUACAAAGUGAGAACAAUGCCACUUAUCACAAGUUUCUUGUGUGAGCCCAGUGCUCAAGCUCUUAGAUAAUCCAAAUAAAUGUUGAUAAAGAGACUUUAUAUUGUUCAUACCAAUUAUCAAAAAAUACAAGUACAUUUCAUGUCAGUGUGGUAAUAAUGUUUUAAAUAACACACUUCCCUACAGGGUUAAGUCUAUGCCAUUAUUCUUCCACGCAGACAUCAAGCACUUCCCAAAUGAAGAACACCCCAGUAGUCAGAAACAAAAACCAUAGCUGAUAUGCUAAGACAGGGCUCUCUCCUUUGUAACUUCUUUUUUCCUCAGGAAGUCUUUGAAAGAACACAGAAGCCAAGAGAAUCUUUUGGGGUUUUACCUUUUAUUAAUCAUCUGUGCUUACUUCUUAAAAUUCUAAAACACUUUCAAAUUUGGGGGACUGGUGAUGGCUCAGUCAGUAAGGUUUCAUGAAGAUGAGGGCUCGGAAAGUCAGGCAUGGCAGUUCUAGCUAUAGUCACUGCUCACUGGACAGCCAGCCACCGUAGCUAAAGGCGUAAGCUCCAGACUCAGUGAAAGACGACAUGGCAAAAACAACAUGGAUCAGCUGAGGGAUACACCUCUGGCCUCCACGGGCACAUACGUGCAGGAGCAUCUGAAUGUACUUAUGUAUACCCACACGAAUACAUACACAUCCUACACACAUACACACUCUACAGGAGGUAUCGGGCAUGUAAGAUAAUCCAGACGAAUAUUCACUUCACGCCCUGAUGGCAGCAAAGGGAUCUCGUGUUACUUUCAUAAGUUUAGUCAAAGAGUUCUGAUGUAGAAAAAGCUCACAAGAGCAAACACUUUUCUUCUGGGACACUGUCACCUUUAAAAAGUACUCAAAAGGGGGGAAAGUGCCAGGAAAAAGAUGAUUUAUCAAUUUGCUUUCCCCCAGAAUUAUAUUUUAAUUCAUCAAUUUUACUCAAAUCUAAUGCCAGAUUCUAACUAGGACUAUAUUUAAUGCCACUAGGACUUUAGAGUGAUCAUCUAAGAAAGGAGAAAGCAAGACUCUUCCUGUUCAAAUGAGGUUUCGGGAUCAUCUGUAUGAAGGAUGUGUUAGUUUUUUGUGCUGUCUUUUUAACUGCUAUUUAUAACAUGUGUAUAGUAAUUUGAGAAAAUAUGGACUAUGGGGCAUUAUCUAAUAUCACAUUAUUUCUUCCUUUUGAUAAAAAUUAAGCUAUGAAGUCUAAUGUCAAUAUGUGCAUUAUAUUUAAACCAUCAGCCACACAUGGCUGUAUGACUAAGUGCCUAAGAAUCCAAUUUUUUUGUGGUAUCUCUCUCUCUCCCUCUCUCCGUAUGUGUGUGUCUUUCUCUGUCUCUGUCUCUCUCUCUCUUUCUCUCUGACGAAGGAUGAUAAGUAGAAAUGCCAUAAAAACAUAUAGAUAAAUUUUAUAUAUUGGGGGCUGGAGAGAUGGCUCAGUGGUUGAGAACACUGACUGUUCUUCAGAGGUCCUGAGUUAAAUUCCCAGCAACCACAUGGUAGCUCACAACCAUCUAUAUUGGCAUCUGAUGCCCUCUUCUGGUGUGUCUAAAGACAGCUACCGUAUACUUACAUAUAAUAAAUAAAUCUUUAAAAAAAUUUUUUAUAUAUUAAAAAAAAUCACAUAAUGUAAUAACCAGAGAAAUACAACAAUCAUAAAAUUACUGGUCUUGAAGGGGCAUUAAAUAAUUAGCAAAAUAAAAACAAAAUUAAUAUUGUUGCUUAGUGAAUCCAGAAUUUUGAAAACAUCCACUAUAUAUAAUAAACAUACCAACUAACUAAAGUCAGCCUUUAGAUAACCCAGGGAAAACUGAAGAGACUCGGCGACUUCACAUGAAGCCUUACUUUAUCCAAGCGGAAGAAAGCAGCACCUUGGUAUGAGCACAUUUUAUGUAACAGCUGUACCAAAAAGCCACAGCAGUUUGCCAAAGUGUCAAGCCAUGAUGAGCAGGACACUGCUUACAGGCAUGGCUAUGUAUCUGGACAGCAGCCAUGCGGGUGCUGCAUCCAUGCAGGUGAGCUGGCCGCCCUUACUCACCUCUUUGGGGAGCAAGGAGAUGAAGUCUCGCUGGAACUGGGGCUCGAUCACUUGCAUCAUGUGCUUCACUUGUGUGGGUUCACAGCUAUCGAUGAGCUCAUCUAAGGCCAGCAACUUCUCUGGUCCACUCCAGCUCUACCAAAGAGGAAUUGGACACAUUACAAAUCCAUACAGAAGACCACCAGCACCUGCAUGGCCAUGUUCGAGCAGUGGAACUACAUGAAAGGGGACCGUGGACAGAGACCUUGUCUCCAGAAGCCACCAGAGCGAUAGCAGUUUUUAGUUUCAGCAAGUUUACUCAGUACCUUUCCCGCAAAGCAUUAAAAGUCAUGACUGGCAGAAAAAUAAGUCUGCAUUUAUUUUUAAUUAUAAGACUUAUGCUAACACCAAGACACUGGGAGACACACAAUAUCCAUCUGGGUUAUUGACUAGG